GUUGCGGAAGACUAGCGGGUUUAAAAGCGCCAUGUAGCGGAGAAUUGCGGCGUUUCUAAGCAUACCGCCAGGUCGAACCUCCAGUGACCAGCUCAUUGACUUCACAUGAUCAGUAUGGCAGACGCCAGAGACAGCUCUCGGCUGUCCUCAAGUCUUUAAAUAUAAGGGCGUUGGGCGUUGGGUAAAUUUGUGGUUGAGAGUCUAGAAGCAACUGCAUCAUACCACGACACAAGUCAGAGCACCCAGACAUACAAUCAUCCUCGUUAACCAUCGCAUUAAAACCUUCAUCAUGGCACUCGCUACCUCUUCUGUCUUUCCUGGCUUCGCAUUCACCAAGACCAUCCAUCAUGCCCCGUAUCCCGCCAUCUCACCGCUUCGCCCAGAGCUCUCCCAGGCUGGCAGGACGGCCCUUAUCACCGGUGGGUCGACGGGGAUAGGAUUCGCCAUUGCCAAAGCCUAUGCUCAGGCCGGAGCGGAGCGCAUUAUCAUCCUCGGCCGUCGCAGGGAAUUGGUCCAAUCGGCCAUAGCGCGGCUUGAGUCGGAGUAUCCCGGCGUUCACUUGACAGGGCGUGUCUGUGACGUGACCAAUCUGGCUGCUGUCGAGGAGCUUUGGAUCAGCUUUGAGAAGGAUAGAGUCUUCAUCGAUGUGCUUGUGCUAAAUGCCGCCAAGGUUUCGCCGGCCGAGCCUCUCCUUGUACUGGGGCGAGACACCGUUUUAGACGACUUCAAUAUGAACGUGCGGUCGCACAUGGACUUCGCAGAGAGACUCUGUAAGCAACCUGGGGGUAAGACCCGAGCAAAGGCCCUCGUAAAUGUGUCAACCCAGGCAAUCCACGACUUUAACAUUGCGGGAAAGUUACCUAACUAUACUCUAACUAAGAAUGCGGGAACACUGCUGGUUCAGAUGAUCGCCAAGGACGUCAGCUCAUUGGAGCUGCAGGUGGUGAGCUUCCAUCCCGGCGGCAUCUUUACCGAGGGCACCCAGAGCGGAGGGUGGAAGAAAGACGACUUCCCCUGGGACGAUGAGAACUUGCCUGGGCAAUUCGCCCUCUGGGCGGCGUCCCCAGAAGCCAGAUUCUUACACGGCCGCUUUGUGUGGGCAGGGUGGGAUGUCAAUGAGCUACAGGAGGGGGAGCUGCGAGAGCGUAUUGACCAAGAUGAAUACUUCUUGAGGGUUGGGGUUGUGGGUAUUCAGGAGUGGGAAAAGAGAAACUAGAUAUUGCUGAUAGAUUUGAGGAAACUGGCACGGGC